UAUUUCUUAAAUUUUCUUUUGUUGUUGCUGUUGUUUGGUGAAAUUUAAUAAUUCGAUUAAUCGAUUCUUCUUUUGACCGGAAUUUUUGGUUCGACAAAAACCGAAAAUCCCACUGAUUGUCAUCAACAAAAUACAAAAUCAAUCAAUUGAUUUUUCUGUUAGUUUUCCGCCACCUUGUUUUCCCUGUUUUCUUUUCAUCAUCUGAUUUUUUUGUGCUAAAACAAACAUACCGGCCGGCUCUAUUUUUUUGAUUAUUUCGUGUGUGUGAAUCUGCAGCUAUUUGUAAUUUGACGAAAAAAAAUGAGCAACAAAGUUUGGCCCGAUGAAGAUGAAGAACAAAUGGAUGUUGAUAUGAAAAAAUGGCAUUGGCGUGGUAAUCCAAAAGAUUUUGUGGCCGAAGAUGAUGAUAAUACAGCGCCAUUCCGGCUUAGUAUUCCUAGUCCACAAGUUAAAACCGAAGAAGAAGAAAACAUUGAUGCCAAUAUGGAAGAAGUCGAUGAAUCAAGAUCUGAAGCAACAUUCAGUUAUAAAAUGGAAAAUUUUAGUAAAAUAAAAGAUUCUGUAUUAAGUCCACCAACAUAUGUACGUAAUCUGCCAUGGCGUAUAAUGGUUAUGCCACGUACUGGACAACCAAAUCAACAAGCAGUAAAAAGUUUAGGCUAUUUUCUACAAUGUAAUGGUGAAUCCGAAUCAACAGCAUGGUCAUGUAGUGCUAUUGCUGAAUUAAGAAUACUUUCACAAAAAGAAGGUGUUGAAAAUAUGUCACGAAGAAUUCAACAUAUUUUCUAUAAUAAAGAAAAUGAUUGGGGUUAUAGCUAUUAUAUUAGCUGGAAUGAUUUAUGCGAUCCAAACAAAGGCUAUAUUAAAGAUGAUGCAGUUAUAUUUGAAGUUUGGGUACAAGCCGAUGCACCACAUGGUGUUAGUUGGGAUUCAAAAAAACAUACCGGAUAUGUUGGACUAAAAAAUCAAGGCGCUACAUGCUAUAUGAAUUCAUUAUUACAAACAUUAUUUUUUACGAACAAAUUACGUAAAGCUGUCUACCAAAUGCCCACUGAAAGUGAUGAUACAUCAAAAAGUGUUGCAUUAGCAUUACAACGUGUAUUUUAUGAUCUACAAUUUUCGGAUAAACCAGUUGGAACAAAAAAAUUAACAAAAUCAUUUGGUUGGGAAACACUUGAUUCAUUUAUGCAACAUGAUGUACAAGAAUUAUGUCGUGUAUUACUUGAUAAUAUGGAAAGUAAAAUGAAAAAUACUAUUGUUGAGGGUACGAUUCCGAAAUUAUUCGAAGGAAAAAUGAUUUCAUUUGUUCGAUGUAAACAUGUGAAUUUUUCUUCAUCACGUACCGAACCAUUUUAUGAUAUACAAUUGAAUAUAAAAGAUAAAAAAGAUAUUUAUGAAUCAUUUGAUGAUUAUGUUGAAGUAGAAACAUUGGAUGGUGAAAAUAAAUAUGAUGCCGGUGAUCAUGGAUUUCAAGAAGCGGAAAAAGGCAUCACAUUUGAAUCAUUUCCGCCCGUAUUGCAUUUACAUUUAUUAAGAUUUCAAUAUGAUCCAUUGACUGAUGCUAAUGUCAAAAUAAAUGAUCGUUUGGAAUUUCCGGAAAAAUUAUCACUAAAUAAAUAUCUACAGAAUCCGGAAAGUACACCGGCAAAUUAUAUAUUACAUGCUGUAUUGGUACAUUCAGGUGAUAAUCAUGGUGGUCAUUAUGUUGUAUUUAUCAAUCCAAAUGGUGAUGGUAAAUGGUGUAAAUUUGAUGAUGAUGUUGUAUCUUGUUGUUCAAAAACUGAAGCUGUUGAUCAUAAUUUUGGUGGUAAUGAUGAAGAAUUACCUGGAAAACAUUCAACAAAUGCAUACAUGUUGGUAUAUAUACGUGAAUCAGCUAUAAGCGAUGUAUUACAACCAGUAACCAAAGAAGAUAUACCUGAUCAAUUAAUUGAACGAUUACAAGAGGAAAAGAAACAGGAAGCAUUACGUCGAAAAGAACGAAAUGAAGCUCAUUUUUUUAAUAAUAUAACCGUAUACACUGAAGAUAGUAUAAUGUCACAUAAGGGUAUUGAUUUGAUUAAUCCGGAAAAGACACCAUGUUAUACAUUUAAAAUUUAUAAAUUGGGUUCAUAUAAAGAAAAUCUAACAUCCAUAGCGCAACAAAUGAAUUAUCCAACUGAUGGUAUUCGUUUAUGGCCAUUCAUAACAAGAAAUAAUCAUUCAUUUCGUCCAACACGCAUGAUGAGUGAUAUGGGCAGUGUAAUCGAACCAUUAAAUAAUAUGUCAUUGUUUGUUGAAACUAUAUCGCCAGAAUUACCGUAUAAAACGUUACCAGAAUCGGAUAGCGAAGUACAUGUUAUGCUAUUUUUCAAGUAUUAUGAGCCUAAUCAUAAAUAUUUAACUUAUUGUGGUCUCGGACAUAUUGAACGUAAUAUAACUGUUGCUGAUUUAAUGCCCAUUCUAUGUGAAAAAGCUGGCCUACCUAAAUCAACACCAUUGGCCAUUUAUGAAGAAGAAUUUUUGGCCACUGUAAAUAGAAUUAAUGAUUUGGAUAAAACAUUGGCUGAAGCUAUUGUUGAUCUAUCCGAUGGUGAUAUACUUGUUUUCCAUCGUGAUGAUAUUUUGAUUGAUGAAUCAUUAUCGGUCAAAGAAUAUUAUACCGAUCUAAUACAUAAAGUUGAAGUACUGUUCUGUGAUAAAAACAAUCCAAACGAUCAGGGUUUUGUAUUGGAAUUAUCAAUGAAAAUGAAUUAUACACAGAUUGCUGACGCUGUUGCUAUGCGUCUUGGUACGGAGCCAAAUUUGAUUCAAUUUUUUAAAAAUCAAAGCAGUUAUCGUGAAGGACCGGGUUGCCCAAUUCGUUGCAAUUAUGAUGGAACACUUAAAGACAUUCUUUUCUAUUUUAAACCACGACAACCGAAAAAGAUUUUCUAUCAACAUUUAAACAUAAGCAUACAUGAGCUUGAGAACAAACGAUCAUUCAAGUGUACAUAUGUUAAUAGCAAACUUAAAGAAGAGAAGGAAAUGGAAUUAUAUCCCAAUAAAAAUGGUACUGUUAAUGAUUUAUUGGAAGAGGCAAAAAAACAGAUUGAAUUAAAUGAAGAUUCAUCACAUGAAUUACGUUUAUUGGAAGUAGUAUCAAGCAAAAUAAAUUAUAUCAUAACAAAUGAUAUAUUAUUGGAAUGUUUGAAUGCAACUGGAACUAAAUCGUAUCGUAUCGAAGAGAUACCAAAAGAUCAAUUAAAAUUGGAACCAAACGAAUUCCUAUUACCGGUUGCUCAUUUUCAAAAAGAAUCCUAUCAUACGUUUGGUGUACCGUUUUUGUUGAAAGCUAAAAAUAAAGAAACAUUUGCAUCGAUCAAGGAAAAAAUACAGAAAAAGCUCGAUAUACCAGAAAAAGAAUAUGAAAAGUAUAAAUUUGCAAUUAUAACGGGGAGAGUUCAAUAUAUAAAUGAUGAAACGAAUUUUGUUUUCAACAAAGAAGAUUUUGCUUCAUACAAUUCAGUCAAUACUCAUAUGCCAAAAGCAUGGCUUGGUUUGGAUCAUGUGAACAAAACGCCUAAACGUUCACGAUAUACUCAUCUGGAAAAAGCUAUCAAAAUUCAUAAUUGAUGAAAAAACAAACAACAAAAUUCUCGAUGAAAAUCAAUGGUGAUGAUGAUGAUGAUGGAAAUGAAAAAACAAAAAGAAAGA